AUGAAGGUCUUUAUCUGUGGCAUCACCGGCAGCCAAGGCUCCGCCCUCGCCCGGCUCCUCCUCCCCAGCACCCCCGUCGUCGGCCUGACGCGCAACCCUUCCUCCGCCUCCGCCGCGGCACUCACAUCCCUCGGCGCCGAACUCCUGCCCGGCUCCUACGACGACGCCUCGGCUCUCGCCUCUGCGCUUGCCGGCUGCACCGCGCUCUUCCUCAACCCGAUGCCAAGCUUCACGGACCCUGCCGCUGAGCGCCGCGACGGGCUCACCCUUCUUGCCGCCGCCAAGGCCGCCGGAACCGUGACCCGCGUGGUAUACUCGACGGCGCUGAGCGUUGACGCGCCCGAGAAGCUGCCCAACUACGACCCGGAGGCGUACAUUGCCAAGAUGCUCUCCCAGAAGCGCUUUCUCGAGGGCGCGGUGCGCGACAGCGGCAUCCCCCACUGGACCAUCCUCCGCCCGGGCAACUUCAUGACCAACUACGUCGGCGAGCCGGCGCUGACCCGCCAAAAGGACCUCGUCUUUGAGGGCGUCUCGGCCACGGCGUUUGCAAGGGACACGAAGCUGCCGAUGGUGGACACGGCUACGAUUGGCGCGUUUGCGCGCGCUGCGCUGCUUGAUGCGGACAACAAGUUUGAUAAGCAGGAGAUUGGGCUGGCGGACGAGCUGCUGACGCUCGACGAGUUGCUGGCCAAGCUGGGCGCCGCGGCGGGAAGGACGCUGACGGCAAGGUACCUGACGGACGGCGAGGUGGAGGCGCAGAAGAUGCUGAAUCCGAUGAUCGGCGCACAGGUCAUGAUGCGCGGGCUGGCGCAGUUUGUGGACGUGGACGCCGUCAAGAGCUGGGGCGUGCCGCUGAGUUCGUUUGACAAGUUUCUGGAGCGGGAAGCGGCUCUGGUCAAGGAGACGUAUGAUGUCAAGAACAAGACUGCUUAG